AUGGCGAUGCUUCCCAUAGGUAUCUCCACGGGGCUAUACGCACAGGUGAUGGUUGAGGGGGAGAGGAUACAGAAAUACAGAACUAAAAUGGUUGAGAAAGCUCCUGAGCCAGUGUUCAACGCAUCAUAUACUGUGUUGGUACAAAACCAUAGCAAGGUGGUGGUGGAUGUGAUGGCUCGUAAUGUCUUUAAAGCCGAUUACUGUUUGGGUACAGUUACGCUGGAUCUUCUGGACACGGGCCACGAGGAGAGUGUCUGUGUCGAUCUGACGGAUAAGCAGUCGAUGGGCACACAGGUGACUGGCCAACUCAUCCUCAAG